CUUUCUUGAUGUAGUCUCAUUAAUCACGGUGCGGUCAAUUAGAUCGAAACAACAUAAGGAAGAGAUCCUUUCAAGUAUUCGUAGACAUCACUUACAAUUAGUGAAAAAGAGAAGAGAGUGCGGUUGAGAGUUUCGAGAGCUCGAGGCGAAGAUGUCUCUUAAAUUUUCCGUAGGCAACUUUUACGAAACCUAUUCGGAGAGAGAGAGAGAGAGAGUCAAACUAACGUUAUUUCAAUUAUUAAAAAACGAUGCCUCGAGCGUAGAAUUCUCUUACUCGGAGAACGAGACGCUCCAGAGGGGUGAUGUGAUCAAGAAAAUCGACGAUUACGACACGCGAGAUGUGAGGCAUGUAGACGCGCAGAAUCUUCUUCAAAACUCUGAAUCAAUAAGGCUCGUGGUCGAAAGGUCUGAGCCGUCGAAUGCAUCUCGUAUCAACAUUACCACGUCAUCUCCGAUUAUCCAGUUGAACACUGGCGACAGGGCUGCGGUCACUAGUCUAGCUAAACAACGGAAAAUACCGUCGGAAUUACCGAAGAGCCCCGUACCGCCGCCUUUAAUCGACGAAUACAGGCCGCCUGCAUCUUCACCGGAACACCUUAACUUACCGCACGAACAUCUCGAUGAGGUUCGCGAAGAGAGAGCCAAUUUGUCGCAGCCAUACCGCACAACUCCUCUGGUCUUGCCAGGUGCAAAGAUAAAAAAGGACGCUCCGCUUGGAGAAUGCUACUUGCGCCAUCAUCCCAAUCCGAUGAUCAGAGCGGCACCGCAUCAUUACGAACAAGCUCAUCCUGAAGUUGCUAUGAAACAAAAGGUGGCAGAAACGGUACUUCAACGUGUCUUGGGACCGAAUGAAGUUCCAAAGGUUGUCCACAAGCAAUUUAACUCACCAAUUGGUCUCUAUUCCGAACAAAAUAUUGCCGACACUAUAAAGAGCCAAACAACCGCUAUACCCAUUUUCAUAGACUUUUCCUUCGUGAAACAGAAACAGGAAAUACAGGAGCAAGCGAGAAUCUUGAAAGAGCAGGCCAUAGCCGCCGCCUCGAAGAACGUGUGGCCGCAAUUCAAUAGACCAAAUUAAUAUCCAGUUCGAGACGUUUUUCGAUGCUUCUCGCACGUCGUAGUAUAUCCAUAGUUUCAAAUUCUAUUGUUUUCACGAGAAUCAUUGGUCACAUUCCUUGUCUCACAAUUGUUUCUUUCUCUUAAAAUUGUUUAUCGUCCUUCUUUCUUUCUUUUUUAAUAAGGCAAAUGAGCGUGACCACUGAUCCGUGAUUAAGCUCUUGAUAAUCGUUCGAUAAAGUAUUUAUUGAUUCAAACUCUUUUGCUUUACAGUUUAAUAUCUAUAAAUCGUAAUUAUAGGGUCGUGAUGCAUAUAACUACAUAGAUACAUACAUAUUGCAAUUUGUUGUUGUGACUUCAAGUAAAUCGAUAAAAUCGACGGAAAAGCUAGAAAAAAAAACAAGUUUUAAAGGAAGUUCUUAAAAUAACCAUACUAUAUAUUUUUCUGCAUGCUGUACCAUUGAAAGUAAUCAAUAAUUAAUCAGAGUAAAUGUUCGUGCAAA